AUGGCGAGCCCCGCACGCCCGCGGCAGGAGCUGGCGGCCGAGGAGCGGCGGCUCCGCGGCGCGGCCCCGACGGUGCCCCGCGACGCCAAGCGGGAGGCGGCGGGGGAGCGGCUGGUGCUGCUGGAGCUGCGCCGCUGCGGGCGGCCGCCGUCCCCCGGCCCCGGCGAGCGGCAGGAGGAGGGGGAGGAGGAGGAAGAGGAGGGGGAGGCGGCGGCGGGCGAAGAUUGUUGCGGCAAGUGCAAGAAGCGGGUGCAGUUCGCCGACUCGCUGGGGCUGAGCCUCGCCAGCGUCAAGCACUUCAGCGAUGCCGAGGAGCCGCAGGUGCCGCCCGCCGCGCUGUCGCACCUGCAGAGCCCGCCCGGCGAGGAGCGGGAGCCCCCGCCGCCCGGCGCCGACCCCCCACCGCCCGCGCUGCUCCUGGUGCCCGACUUCCCCGACGGCGGGGAGCCCAGCGCCGAGCGGCUGCGGCGGCAGCGCGUCUGCCUGGAGCGCCUGGGGCGGCCCGCGGCGCCCACCGACGUGCGGGGCACCGUGCAAGUGCUGGGCGGCCCCGGCCCCAGGGAGGUGACGGUGCGCUACACCUUCAACGAGUGGCUCUCCUUCGUGGACGUCCCGGCCGCGCCCCUUCCCCCCGAGCCGCCGGCCGAGCGCUACGGCUUCACACUGUGCGUCCCGCCGAGCCUGCGGGAGGGCUCGGCCCUGCACUUCGCCAUCCGCUACCGCAGCCCGCAGGGCGAGUUCUGGGACAACAACGGCGGCCGCAACUACACGCUGCGCUGCUGCGGCUGCCCCGGGGGCGGCCCCGCCGCCGCCCCGCCGGCCCCCGCCGCACCUCGCUACUGACGCCGGCCGGGCGAGGGGAGCCGAGGGGACCCAGCCGGGCAGGGGCAGGCGGCCGCACCCCCCGCCCAGAGUGGGGCCCGGCUCGGGAGGGAGACAGCCAGCGCGCCGAAGGCCCCGUCCCGGAGACUGCCCCAAAUCUGGUGGUUUUUAAGCAGGAGUUUCAGUUUCUGCCAGCGAAACAUGGAUGUGCGUAGGCUCGCAUUGCUGUGGCUUGUGGAAUUGUUCUCCUUAUUGGUUUUUUGUCUUUUUUUUUUUUUUUUUUGGUUGUUUUUUUUUUUUGUUUUGAGAGAGCAAGGAGACUGAAUAGCGUGGGCUUUGCUUUUCCCCUCUUGAAGUGAAUUUUUGAGGUCUUGAUUUGGGCUUGACUCCACUUACCUGAUUAGUCAAGAGCGCUCGUGUGAAAACUUGGUGGCGUGUUUGCUAAAGAUUUAACUUAGGAUCCCAGUUUUCCCGUUCUCAGAUCCAUUUGAAAGACACAGUACUGAGACAGCAAUGGUGUGCUUUGUCCUUUUUUUGUUAUUUUCUUUUAGUUCAAUGGACUCCGUAACAAUAGGAUUCACUGUUGUGAGCACCUGUCAAACCCGUGACAGGCUUGCGUGCCCGUCCCACCUUUGCCAUGGCUGCGGCAGCUCUGAACAGCAGGCACUCUGUUUUGGGGCUGGAUCUGGGGCUGGACUGGGCUGCCCUGGUUUUUGUCACUCAACACACUUCGAUACCGCUCCCAGGCUCGCAUGUUGGUCCCGUCUGGCUAAUAGCAGCCAACAGGGACUUGUGCAGAAAUGUUUUUGCUUAAAAUAGACUGGUGACUUCUUUUCACACAACUGAUGAGUCUAAAACCAGGACGAAGGAGGAGUUAAAAUACUUGCUGAUGCUGUGUUUAUCAGGAGAACUUUGGUAACACCUUUGAGUUAUGCAUUGUGAAGUGAAAGAUGGUGUCCGUCUCGUACACGGCUCUGUAUUUUCAGUUUUGGGUCUGGUUUGGAUGAUCCUUCUCACUGAGGAGUGACACUGCCAUACAGAGAGGGUGUCCUCAGUAACAAAUGGAAACAAGUGCCUUAGUUCAGUUCUCUUGAUGUUACAUUUUCCACAACAUUUCUCGAGUAUUUAUAAUUUAUUCAGCUUUUUUGCUACAUAUUUUUCUGUAUUUGUAUGUUGCUGGGAAAGAACUUUGUUGUGCACACAGCUGGACUUUAUGGCGCUGGACACUUGAAUUGAUUUUAUAGUCUUCACUCUUGCACUGCAAGCCUAGAGGUUGACUACUACUGGUGUCCCAACUCUUGAAAUUAAGCAAAAACUACCAAUGCUAAUGGCAAAAUGUAACAGCAGGCAUCACAGUUUUGCAACCUGUGGCUUGUGUGUCCUGACCGGGGAUGAUCCCGUCCGUAAGCAGUGUUUAGGGCUGUAGCUGAAAAUGACAGUUGUCCUGCCAAAGCCAUAAGGCAAAUCACCUUCCAAGUCUGUGACGGGCAUCUUGAGCAGAGCUGUGGUGUGAGGAAACAUGGGUGGAAACUAGAGUGCUGUUUCCAAGCUCAUCCUGUAAAAAGCAUGAACAACACAGAAGAACAUAAACAGAAGAUGAAUUUUGUGAAGCAGGAAAAAUAAGGGGUAGAUUUCAAAGGCCACAGUGC